AUGACUACAGAAUUGAGCUUCGGUGGCAACAUCAAUUCAUUCACAGAUCUGUCAUCACCAUAUUUUCUUCAUCCAUCAGAUAAUCCCGGUGCAAUACUGGUUUCAUUCUUGUUGAACAGAGAAAAUUAUCCAACUUGGAGAUGGGUAAUGAUCAAUGUUCUCAGUGCCAAGAAUAAGAUCGAAUUCGUGAGCAGAACGAUAAGUAAAUCAGACCUCACCAGAUUGACGGAAUUGAGAGCUUGGUCGAAAUGCAACUGCAUGGUGGUUUCGUGGUUGUUUAAUGUCUUGGCACGAGAAUUACACCAAAGUGUUGCCUACAUUGAAAUGACACGAGAAAUCUGGUUGGACCUGGAGCAGAGAUUUUCUCAAGGGAAUGCUCCAUGGAUUUUUCAUUUGAAACACAAAUUGGUUGUUCUGCACCAAGAAAACCUCUCGGUCGCAUCAUACUACACAAAGAUGAAAGGGAUUUGGGAUGAACUCUCUGUCUAUACCCCAGUCUGA